CAAACGCCAGUAACGUUGAACCACAAAACGACGACAGCGACACACAAACACAUCGGCCACUAUGAGCAGCGUCCGGAAACGCUUGCAGGCGUUCCGCCAGCAACAGCAGCAACAGCAGCAACAGAGGGAGGAAGCAGUGAAGGCGACUGGGAGUGCUGGUGGGUUGGGCUUGUCGAAGGAAGAGAAGGUGGUGCCUGAAGAUGUCCUUUUUGCACAACGAGAUGGAGGCAGCAGCAAGAAGGCGGGUAGCGCAGCAGACAGCGCUGCAAAGGAGAACAAAGGCGCCAGCGAGGAAGAGCGGGAGAGGGUCAUCCAGGUUCGCCACUUGACGUGGCUUGACAUUGGGCUGCGACUUGCGGCAUACGCGCUGUUGCAGUACGUGUUCUGGGUGCUUGGGUUUGGGUUGGCCUUCUUCCUGGUGGCCGCCUUCUACUUCCUGUAUGCGUCCACACGGAGCGGGCCACGGCGCAAGGGCGAGAAGAGUGCGUACGCCCUCUUCAACGAGAACAAUGAGCGCAUCCACGGUGACAUUGACCCAGAGACCAUGGUCCGCCAAUACGGAGCGGCCGGGAUGCUGUAGGACAGCGACGCACCAUUGUGGCUAGCACACUCGCGCGCUGUGGUGCCAUGAUAUCGUGAACAUGUGUGAGGGGGGUUUACUUAACUCUCUACGAAGUCUUGUGGAUGGCGAGAAAAGCGAGUGGGUGGAGAGGAAGGGUAAGAGGGAUAAGGAGAUGUGCAGAGCAGUGCUGUGGAGAGCAGCGCUGUGGAGAUAGAGCCCUCCCAAGCCCUCGCUGGCUCGCUGCGGGUGUUCACAUCCUGUGCGAACAGCCAUAAAGGAACACUGAUCG